AUGUCCACUCAAACCGAAUACGUCUACAUCCCCAACCUGAUUGGCGGCCAAAUGCUACGCAUUCCGGUCUUUUCGGUCGAGGAUGACUACGAGGAGGAACCACUUGCCAUCCCCUCGCCUUCACAUCUCACAAUCGACACUUCCGCCCUCGCCAUCCCCACUCGUGACGCGUCACGAGCACCGAGCGUUGACUCUGCUGUGGAGAGCAUCGAGGAGGCUGAGUGA